AUGAAGCUCCGAGGCGGCCUGUCGGUCCUCGUCCUCUUCGUCCUCGGGGAGGCGACCCUCGCCAUGAUGAGGAGCGCGCAAGAAGACCACGCCAGGUGCGGGCGACCCGAGACGUCGCAGCGGCAGCCGCGAGCCUCGGAGGGCACCGGAAGGAUCUUCAACGGCAAGCCCAGCAGAAGAGGGGCCUGGCCCUGGCAAGUCUCCUUGCAGCUUCUGCACCCCAAGUUGGGCUUCAUCGGCCACUGGUGCGGCGGCAUCCUGAUCGACCCCGGAUGGGUUCUCACCGCGGCUCACUGCGUCCACAACGAGCUCUUCAAUCUGCCGAUCGGCGCGCUCUGGACCGCCGUCGUGGGGGAGUGGGACCUGGAUUCCGGUGGACGAGGUUCGGCGCGGCUGCCCGUCGAGCGGGUCAUCCUGCACGAGCGGUUCAACAAUUACGUGCACGACAUAGCCCUGUUGAAGCUGAGCAGGUCGGCGCCGCUGUCCAAGGUGGUACGGACGAUCUGCCUGCCGGAACCCGACGAGAAGCUCGGCGCCCCCUGCGUGGCUUCCGGCUGGGGCAGGUACGGCCCUUCCCCGGCUCUCUCGACGUCCCUCCAGGAGGCCACGGUUCCUCUUCUGGACCCGAAGGAGUGCCAGAAGGUGUACAGCCAGUCGGUGCUCAUCAGGAACGGUCACCUGUGCGCCGGCCAUACGGACGGGUCUUCGGGCAGCUGCGUGGGCGAUUCGGGCGGGCCUUUGCAAUGUCGACGUUCCAACGGCGAUUGGCAGCUGGCAGGAGUCACCUCUUUCGGGUCAGGAUGCGCCAGACCGGGAUAUCCCGACGUGUACACCAAGGUGCAGCACUAUUUAAAGUGGAUCAAGAACACCAUCGGCGCCGACGAGAACGUCUGA